GACGCCAGCCUCAACCGCAUCACCGACAUCGAGGAGAGCAGUCUGCCGAACAGCAUCGAGCUGGUGCUGCUCAACCGAAACGUCAUCCGCAAGAUCGCCCCCGGCACCUUCGCCAAGAAGACCAACCUGACGCGGGUCGAUCUGUCGGAGAACCGCCUCAGUCAGCUGAGCCGGGUGCCCGAUCGGCGGCCGCUGCCUGAGUUCAGCGUCGCCGGCAAUCCCUUCCUCUGCGACUGUCAGAUGGAGUGGCUGCAGAGGGCGGCAGUGGCGGCCGCUGCCACUGCCACGCCCGGCCUGAAGACCACCAUGGCCAGCACAUUUUCUGUGCCAUCUAUUUCAUCCUCUUCCUCUUCUUCUUCUUCACCCUCUCCGCUUUCUCCAUCUUCCUCCCUCUCCUCAUCUUCCUCCUCAUCUUCCUCUUCUCACCUGACUCCCCUGGUAAACCUGCGCCCCUCUCAGUUUCUCUGCUCCUACCGCUCGCACUGUUUCGCCCUCUGCCACUGCUGCGACUUUGACGCCUGCGACUGCGAGAUGACCUGCCCCGACAACUGCACCUGCUUCUACGACCAGUCCUGGAACACGAACAUCGUCGACUGCGGCGCCAAUCAGCACGCCGUCGUGCCCUCGCGCAUUCCCAUGGACGUCACCGACCUCUACCUGGACGGCAAUAACAUCGCCGAGCUGUCGCCGCACACCUUCAUCGGCCGGAAGAACCUCCGCCACCUGCACCUCAACUCCAGCCACAUCCGCGCCAUCAACAACCGCACCUUCAACGGCCUCAAGUCGCUGCUGGUGCUGAACCUCGCCUCCAACGAGCUGGACACCCUCUACGGCUACGAGUUCGAACGGCUGACCGACCUGCGCGAGCUGUACCUUCAGGAAAAUCGCAUCUCCGUGAUCGGCAAUCGGACCUUCAGUGCACUGCGCUCCCUCCGGGUCCUCCGCCUCGACCACAACCACCUGGUGGAGUUCGAGCUGUGGAGCGGGCUGAUGUCGAACCUCCAUCUGGUGGACCUGCACCUGGGCGGCAACGACUGGUCCUGCGACUGUCACUUUGUGCUGCACAUGAUGGAGUGGCUGCCGCUGCGCAGCGACGUCAUUCGCGACCUCUCUCUGGUCCACUGCGCCUACAAUGAGACCUAUGCGCUGCCGCUGGCGCCCAUCGCCACCAUCACCGCCGACAUCGAGGCGGCCCGGGCGAACAUCAGCAACGCCUGCGCCCAGUACCAGGCAGCGGGCAGUGGGGGUCACCCGCCACGGCUGGGCCACGCCGGGCACAUGCCGGCGCCCUCGCAGAACGGCCUCCCCAUCGUCGGCUCCAUGGUGGCCGCCAACGCCCCCGUCGUCGUCCUCGUCGUCGCCUCCACCUUCGCCGUGCUGAUCCUCCUCGGCACAGUGAUCACCGCCGCCCUCUACCGCCACGAGAUGUCCGUGUGGCUGUACGCCAAGACGGGCAUUCGUUUUGGUGGAAAGGGCGGAAAGGGAGGCUCCGGAAAGGGCCGAGGGCGUGGUCGUCGUGGUCGCGGCCAUCAUCACUACGGCGGCGCCGGGGACACCGACGAGCGCCUCUUUGACGCCUUUCUCUUCUACUCCAAGCGAGAUGAGCAGUUCGUCAUGCAGGAGAUCGCCCCCGAGCUGGAGUACGGACAGACGCCGAUGCGCCUCUGUCUGUGCUACCGCGACCUGCCGAUCGCCACGGCGGCGCCGGGCGUCGUCUCUGACGCCAUCAUGGAGGCGAUCGCCUCCUCCCGACGGACCAUCCUCGUCGUCUCCGACUACUUCCUGCGCAAUGAGUGGUGUCACGUGGAGUGCAAGGCGGCCUUCAUGGAGGGCCUCCGCUGUCACCAGGACAACCACCAGCUGAUACUGCUGGUCGUACAUCCGCUCCAGGGCAAGGACGUCGACGCGGACGUGCGCAACUGGCUGCGCAGCAAGGACACCACCUGUCUGCAGUGGAAUGAGACGAUGUUCUGGGAGAAGCUCCGCUACGCAAUGCCUGACAUUCGCCGGGUCACCGGAGGCGGCGGCGGAAGUUCGAAUGGCUGCUCCAGCAGCUCCAGCUCCACUGCCUCUAGCUCCUAUGGGCGGAAGGGACAGCCGCUGAGCAGCGGCAAGGGCGGCACCCUGCCAGGUGCCCUCUCCAGUCUGUCGCCGCUGGCGCAGUCUCGCAGUGCCAUCGACUCCUACGGCCACCACGGUCACCUGCAGCACAUGCCCCCUACAGCUCACGGAAGUCAGCUUUCAGCCCACCACCCACUGCUGGCACAUCCGGGUGGACAGCUGCUGAACAGCAGCACCACCCUGGGACGACACAACCAGUACCAGCACUACCAACAGCAGCAGCAGCAGCAACAGCAGCAACAGCAACAUCAAUCUCAGUCUCAGCACCACCUGUACUCGCCCUCGCAGUCAGUGCACAGCCAACAGUCGACGUACGCCUAUCCCACCUACCACCCGCACCAG